AUGUCUGUUGGAUUCAGAAGAGCGUUUUCGGUUUCGAGCGUUAUUCGCUCGCACAUCGGGUCAUCUCCGGUCUUUUUGACUCCAGAAACCAAGUUCUCAGUUUCUGCCAUGAAGGUUCCUAAGAUCAUCAGAAAGGGCAAUAAGUCGCUCAAGCUAUCUCAAAAUGUUGUAGUCAGCGGACCAUUGGGGAAAAUCGAGAUGGAAGUACCGGAGUUUGUUGAGAUAAGGCAUAACGACGAAAAGUCCAAGAUCGAGAUUAACGUGAAGGACCAGGAGGAUAAAGUGCAGAGAUCGAUGUGGGGUACAGUGCGGUCACACAUAAGUAACCACGUUACAGGGGUUAACGAAGGCCACAUGGCUGUUUUGAAGUUCGUUGGUACCGGUUACAGGGCUCAAUUGGAAGAAAACAACACCUUUGUCAAUGUUAAAGUGGGUGCUUCUGUGAGACAAGGACUCUAUAUCCCAGAGGGAAUCACCGUCAAGUCGCCCGUACCAACAUCGCUGAUUGUCGAGGGCAUCAACAAGCAGCAGGUACUUCUUUUCGCAGCAAACUUGCGUAAGUUCCAUCCUCCAGAACCAUACAAGGGUAAAGGUAUUUAUGUCAACAAUGAGACCAUUAAGAUCAAGGACAAGAAGAUCAAAUGA